AUGCCACCAAGAAGAGCAGCUUCUUCACAAAACAGUCAGGCUAAUGAUGAUGUACCUCCAGCUGAGGGUUUGCCUCUUGUGAGUGCAGAAGGGAUCUAUAGGUAUCUUGAGACAGUAGCUGGUUUAGUUGAACGCCAAGCUCGAGCUGCUAGGACUAAUGUUCAGGGACAGUCUUCAUCUUCUAGGGGUAGCUCUUUUGAUGACUUCAAGAAAUUGGGUCCUCCUUACUUUUCUGGUGCUACAGAUCCCACAGAGGCAGAGGCUUGGAUCCUUAAGAUGGAGAAAUUCUUUAGUGUGAUAGAUUGCUCUGAGGAGCAAAAAGCCUCUUAUGCAGCUUUUAUGUUAGAUAAAGAGGCAGAUCAUUGGUGGCGUAUGACUAGGAGACUUUUGGAGAAUCAGGGACCCAUAACAUGGAGACAAUUUAGGGAGGCUUUCUACAAGAAGUAUUUCCCUGAUAGUGUUAGACGGCAGAAGGUGGGAGAGUUUAUUCGUUUGGAACAUGGGGAUAUGACUGUGGCUCAGUAUGAGGCCAAAUUUACAGAGUUAUCACAGGUUGUUGACAGAGCCCUUAUAGCAGAGAAAGAUAAUGAGGAGCUUCAUCAGUAUAGGGAACAGCAAAGGAAGCGAAAUAGGAGUGAUGGUGCUCAUGGUAAUCAAACACAGCGAAGGUCUACAUCAGGAAGAAAUCAGAAUAAAGGGAAGGCAACGCAGAAUUUAGAUGGGGCUUGUUCUACUUGUGGUAAGAAGCAUGGGGGUAGGCCAUGCUAUAGAGAGAUUGGAGCUUGA